GGCCCCUUUAAGCGCGGCGCUGACGCCGGGGGCGGGCACAUCUGGCCAUACAUCUGGCUGCCUCGCACGCUGCCAGUGCCGGUACCGGUACCGCAUGGCUCCGACCGGCGUCCUGCGCAACCUGACGCUGGUCCUGGGAGCCGCCGUGGUGGUGCUGGGCUCUCUGCUCUUCAUCGCCUGGAAACUCUACUUCCGCGGCACCGAGCCCGCGGGCACCUGGGACAGCUGGGAGCUGCGGGAGCUGCAGGAGCGAGACCCGGCUGGUAGCACGGCGGUGUGGAAGCAGGUGCUGGUGCUGGGGCUGGACGGCGCAGGGAAGAGCAGCGUCCUGCACUACAUCUGCAGCCAGAAGGCCAGGACACGCAUCCCACCCACACUGGGCUUCAAUUCUGCCCAGCUGCGCGUCGGGGGGCUGGAGAUGGACCUGCUGGAGGUGGGUGGCAGCUACAACCUGCGGGCGUAUUGGCCGCUCUACCUGAGCGAUGCCCACGUGCUGGUGUUCGUGGUGGACUCGGUGGACAGGUCACGCCUGCUGACCGCACGCCAGGAGCUGCACACGCUGCUGGCUGAGGAGCCCCGGCUGCCGCUGGUUGUGCUGGCCAACAAACAGGAUAAGAGUGAUGCCCUAAGCACGGAGGAGCUGCGGGAGGAGCUGGCCCUGCACUUGCUCAGCGGGCAGCGGGAGCUCUUCCUCCUGCCCACCAGUGCGACGUGGGCUAGUCUGAGCACAGCCACCAGCGUCCUGCACGUGAAGAGCCUGCUGGUCACCCUGCUGUCCCAGCCCUGAGCGGACAGGCUCCCACUGGGAUGGAGGGAGCUGCUGGAGCUGGGACUGCGCCCUGCGAUGUUUGGGGUUGGGCUGACACAUGGCUGCACACAGGAUGUGAGCAGUGGGCUCUGCUCUCUGCCACAGGGAGAAGGCAGAUGCGUCCCCCAGUUCAGGGCAGCAAAAGCACGGGGCAGAGCCCUGCACCUUACACGGCAGCCCCACAGAAUACUGAACAAAUGGGGCUGAACCCAGCUUGCUGUCCGGAUGGAAACCCGUAAGGAGGGCAUGAGGUGCAGAGCAGUGUGAAACCAUAAGGAAGCUCUUGGAAAGCUGAAGCAAUCCUUCCCCUGCUGUUUUAGCAGCUGGGUCUGGAUUCAUGAUGCCCCUGCCCCCUGCAGGGCACCCUGGAGCUGAUGUGGCUGAUGCAGCCCCCUCCCUGCUCACACAGGAAGAGAUGAGCCCACAGUGCUUACCCAGGGGAAGAAUCAGCCCCUCUGCCUGCAGCAGAGUUCUCGGCUUUCCUGCGGAUGAAGGCCACGUGGGCUCUCCUUCCUGACAAACACACCAAGCCACGUGAUGCUGCCCUGUAGCCCAGGCUGGUCUGAUGCACAGCCAUAGGCAGGAGCCCCUCACCUGAGCUGGGCAAAGCUUGCCCUUCCCCAAGCAAGGGGAUUAUUUUAAGUAUUUAAAAGCCUGUUGAGCAGAGAUGAAAGCAGGUACCUGGCACCCUGCUCUGCUUCCCCUGCUUCAUCCUGAACAGGGGAUAUGAGUGUGCUGUUUGCUCUGCUGCCUGUUCCAUCCUUGUCUCAGGAGCUGCAGAAAGCCCUGUCUGCAGGAGAAAAGGCUACUUCAUCAGGACAAAGGACUGGGCCCUUGGAAACUGACCGGGGAAAUGGGGAAGCACUUGGGGUAAGGAAACACAUGCCAGCUGGUCUCUGCUGUGAAACCUUUUAUACAGUUGCUCCUUCCUCUUAUGAAUAAAUGAGGCUGAUGACUCGG